ACCUGGGAAUGCCGCCUUCAGGGACCUAGGGCUGAGGGUUACAUAAAAGCCCAGCGAAGCUCUGGGCCCAGCACCCCUAAGACCUGCCACCUGCCUCCACACCUUCGAGAGCCUCCUGCACUCCCCACUGGCACCAUGCUCAGGACGGCCCUGGUCCUCUCUGCUUGGUUCGGUCUGGCUGUGACUUACCCCAUCGCAUUCCAGGAAUUCAUACACAUUAUCAAUGACCCGGUGCUAUCUGCCGACCCAGAGCCAGUGGUUGUCCUGGAGCCUGAAGAGCCGGCUGUUGUCAUAGAGCCGCUCACUGGUGGAGAGCUGGUCAUUAACCUAGAGCCAAGUGAGGAACUAGAUUUAACCGCUGACCUAGAGUCCACCACAGACCUGGAGUCGACCACAGACCUAGAGUCGGCCACUGACCUAGAGUUGACCACAGACCUAGAGUCGGCCACUGACGUAGAGUUCUUUCGUGGUGGAGAAUUGACUACUGAAGCGUAUUUGAAGAACACACAGGCUUUUGAAUUGUCUACUGCUGUGGAAUCAAGCACCCUCAGCUUUGAGAAAGAAGCCACUGAGGCCACAGUUGACUACAAUUCAGUUCAGCCAGAGAGCUUUGCCAACAAAGAUUAUGAAGUUGUCACUGCUGCUUAUUUCGAUGAGCCCAUCCUUGUAGCAUCAGAUGAGCCCAUCACCUCAUUUGGAAACGACGAGUCCGUCUCAGUGCUUUUUUGACAUAUUCCUACCUACUCAUUGAUCCAAAAGGAACAUCAACAAUCACCUCUGCUCCUGCCUCAGCCUGGUGGCAUCUUUAGAAUCUGUCUCUUAGACUGCCUGGGGACUUGGAAAUAGGUUAUUGAAGAUUUAAAGGGGGCGACAAACAACAAGUCUCCCUCUCAACUUUGGUGUCAAUUGAGAAAUAGUCUCAGGAAUCACACAUAUUUAAGUGGAAGCAUUAGCUUUACCAUGAAUAAAACUGAACUGGAGAAACAA